ACCUAGGGAUGCAGACCGCUUCACACACUGCAGUAAAGAUCUUUUGGCUGACCCACCCUUGCUGAGGCUGGGGCUGAACCCAUUCUUUCUCCUGCUGCCAGGCUAGAGAAUGACUGUUUCCCCUGGCUGAACACGCAGCACUGGGUGGCCUUGGGGGAUGAACUGGAGCCUACCCCUGGAGGGGGUGGGGCAGGUGGAUAGAGUUUCAGGUUUGUUUAUGCCUCUAGAAGGCACCUUGGGGCCAAGAGUGUGACGCUCAGCGCAGCAUUGACAUUCAGCAAGACUUGGCCAGGAGAGACCUCAGAUUUCCCUGUUCUGUAGGGGUGUAGGAGAGGAUUGGUUUUACAGUCCCAAGCAGGCCUGGGGUCUGGAGUUUUUUCCAUGGUGUUCUAGGAGGGGUGCACUGUGGUCCUCAGCAAGCACUGGGCCAGCAGUGCACCAGCCGGUGCACAGGCCAGGGCAGGCCUGAGGUCUGCCAGGGCCACAGGACACUGUUCUUUUCAGCAGGGUCAGUGCUAUUAAUAUCAGGAAAGUGCACAGCCCCCAGCCGGGUGAUCCUCUUAAUGCCCGUGGCCUCAGCCUCUGAGGCCGGCAGUGAGUGCUGUUCCUUCCACACGGGAGGCUCUUCGGACCCAACCCCAGCUCCUCACCUGCAGCACUUCCUGCCCACACGUGGAGGGACAGUUCAGGUGUCUCCUGAGCUGUCCAAGGGGGCCACUGUGGGUCUAAGUGGCCCUGUGGAGAUGCUCCUGCACACACCUGGGAUCACCCUGCUGUCCACUGUCCCCUGUGUCCCAGCCAUGAGCAGCCCCCCAGCUUACCCUGGCAUCAGGAUCUCGGGAUGCUGGGCCCUCGGAGCGGAAGGCAGCAGCAAUGCGGAGUCCUUGGACAGGCUCCUCCCAGCUGUGGGCACCAGGCGCUCGCCCCGGAAGCGCACCACCAGCCAGUGCAAGUCUGAGCCGCCCCUGCUGCGCACCAGCAAGCGCACCAUCUACACAGCCGGGCGGCCGCCCUGGUACAACGAGCAUGGCACGCAGUCCAAGGAGGCCUUCGCCAUCGGCCUGGGAGGCGGCAGCGCCUCCGGGAAGACAACCGUGGCCAGGAUGAUCAUCGAGGCCCUGGACGUGCCCUGGGUGGUCUUGCUGUCCAUGGACUCCUUCUACAAGGUGCUCACCACGCAGCAGCAGGAGCAGGCUGCCCGCAACAACUUCAACUUUGACCAUCCAGACGCCUUUGACUUUGACCUCAUUGUGUCCACCCUCAAGAAGCUGAAGCAGGGCAAGAGUGUCAAGGUUCCCGUGUACGACUUCACCACCCACAGCCGGAAGAAAGACUGGAAAACGCUCUAUGGUGCAAACGUCAUCAUCUUCGAGGGCAUCAUGGCCUUUGCUGACAAGACACUGCUGGAGCUCCUGGACAUGAAGAUCUUUGUGGACACAGACUCUGACAUCCGCCUCGUGCGACGGCUGCGUCGGGACAUCAGCGAGCGAGGCCGAGACAUCGAGGGUGUCAUCAAGCAGUACAACAAGUUCGUCAAACCUGCCUUCGACCAGUACAUCCAGCCCACCAUGCGUGUGGCAGACAUCGUGGUGCCCUGGGGGAGCGGGAACACAGUGGCCAUCGACUUGAUCGUGCAGCACAUGCACAGCCAGCUGGAGGAGAGGAAGCUGCGCUGGGAUAUGGCCGCACUGGCCUCGGCGCACCAGUGCCACCCUCUGCCUCAGACGCUGAGUGUCCUCGAGAGCACGCCGCAGGUGCGAGGCAUGCACACCAUCAUCAGGGACAAGGAGACCAGCCGUGACGAAUUCAUCUUCUACUCCAAGCGGUUGAUGCGGCUGCUCAUUGAGCAUGCGCUCUCCUUCCUGCCCUUCCAGGACUGCGUCGUGCAGACCCCGCAGGGGCAGGACUACGCGGGCAAGUGCUAUGCGGGGAAGCAGAUCACUGGCGUGUCCAUCCUGCGGGCCGGUGAGACGAUGGAGCCCGCGCUGCGGGCCGUGUGCAAAGACGUGCGCAUAGGCACUAUCCUCAUCCAGACCAACCAGCUCACUGGGGAGCCCGAGCUCCACUACCUGCGGCUGCCCAAGGACAUUAGUGACGACCACGUCAUCCUGAUGGACUGCACCGUGUCCACGGGCGCUGCAGCCAUGAUGGCCGUGCGGGUGCUCUUGGACCACGACGUGCCGGAGGACAAGAUCUUCUUGCUGUCGCUGCUCAUGGCGGAGAUGGGUGUUCACUCGGUGGCGUAUGCUUUCCCGCAAGUGAGGAUCCUCACCACAGCUGUGGACAAGCGCGUCAAUGACCUCUUCCGCAUCAUCCCUGGCAUCGGGAACUUCGGUGACCGCUACUUCGGGACCGACGCUGUUCCUGACGGCAGUGAUGAGGAAGAGUGGCCUCCACGAGCGAGCCUGAGCGAGCCCGAGCGAGCCUGAGCCCUCCUGCCCUCGCCCCCGCCCAGCCUCUUCCCGCCUCGCGUGGCCUUGCUUACAGAGAUGUCGUAACUUAUUUCAGUUUAAAAAAAGACGUUACCGCUGUAACUCACUCUGUACGUUUUAUAAAAUAAAGUUCAGGGAAACGAA